CAUGUUUUAUCUGGUGGCAACGCGCAGACACCUCGUCGUGCCUGUUUGUCUGUUUCUGCGUGGAAAACACCCACACUGUUUCUUUCCAUCCACUACCUCGUGGUUUUGUGUAUUAAAUAUUAAGCAUUAAAUAGUAGAACAAGUGGUGUGUUAGGCAUGACCUGCCUCUUGUGACAAAGCUGCGACAUUUAAAGAUAAUCUAUUUUACUUUUUCAUAACGUUACUGUCCCGUUGACAUCCAAUGGGAGGGACUAAACUGAAGUGUCCAUCACCUACGGGGAAUACAGUUUGGUCCUAAGACACUGGCUGCCGGAGUACGAUGGAACAUUUUAGCCUGAAUGUAUAUUUUACCUCCUUGUCCCGCGUGUGGAAUAGCUGUGUGUGCCCAGCCGGGAUAUUUUAACUGACAGGCAGCUGGCACUUGCAACAACAGUGCGAUGGACAGUUCAGAGGAUGUGAUCGAGCCAGUGGCUCAAAGCUCGACAACCCAUAACCUGACCAGAAGGCGCUUUUCACAUGACUACAACAAUCUGAGUCCAGACGAGAUAGACGGCCUCAUGUCCAGCAGUGAGGGUCGUCCUUUCCUUGUGGUGCAUCGUCUUCCUGAAAUAAAAGAGGAGCGUAUACCUCACUUAAUGCCUGGUACCCCCAUUACAUGCAGAGUGGACAACACAGAAAAAUACACUACUCGCUCAAAGGUCCAUGUAGGCACUCUGUACACAGUGCGGCUAACGCAUGGCCACUUCCACUGGACAGUGAAGAGGAAGUACAAGCACUUCCAGGAGCUGCACAGAGACCUUUACAAGCACAAGAUGGUGUGUCACUUGCUGCCUCUGGGAAGGUUUGCAAAGGAGAGGCAGCAGCUGAGAGCCAUGACAGAGGAAAUGCCUAGCCUACAUGGGAAUGAACGAACCAGAAGGACCUCCAGCAAAAUGAAAUACCUUGAGGACUACCUGAAUGGUCUGCUGGAGAACGUAUUCUGUAGGAAUGAUCAGAGCAUGCUGGAAUUCCUCUCCGUUGGAGCUCUCUCCUUCGUCACUGAUCUUGGACCCAAAGGCUUGGAGGGACCCAUCUUCAAAAGGUCGGGGGGCCACCGGAUCCAAGGCCUGAACUGCAUUGGCCAUCAUCAGUUCUGUUUCCGCUGGUCACGGCGCUGGCUGGUGGUAAAAGACUCCUUCCUGAUGUAUAUGAACCGAGACAAUGGCAUCAUCAACUUUGUGUUGCUGUUUGACCCAGAGUUCAAAGUGAAAGUGGGUACUGCUUACACAGACAAUAAAUAUGGAGUCUGCAUUGAGAACUUCACCCGGAGUCUGAUCAUCAAAUGCAGCAGCUAUAGACAAACCCAAUGGUGGAGUCAUGAAAUCAACCAGCUGGCAGAUUCCUGUGACUUUCUCAAAGUGCAACGCUUCAUGGGGUUUGCACCACCACGGGAGAACACACUCACAAAAUGGUACGUGAAUGGAAGGGGUUACUUUGCAGACCUGGCUGAUGCUCUCGAACAAGCCAAGGAGGAAAUCUUCAUCACAGAUUGGUGGCUCAGUCCUGAAGUGUUCCUAAAGAGACCAGCAACUGAUAACUACUGGCGCCUGGAUGAGAUACUCAAACGCAAAGCAAAACAGGGAGUCAAAGUGUGUGUUCUGCUGUACAAAGAGGUGGAGCUAGCACUCGGCAUCAAUAGUGAGCACAGCAAGAGGACUCUUAUGAAUAUGCACCCAAACAUCAAGGUGAUGCGACAUCCUGACCACGUGUCGUCUGUGGUGUUCCUGUGGGCUCACCAUGAAAAGAUGGUAGCCAUUGACCAAACAGUAGCCUUUGUGGGGGGGCUUGACCUCGCUUUUGGGAGGUGGGAUGACAGCCAGUACCGGUUAACUGACCUGGGUUUGACAGAGAUGGCCAACGGUGCGACCACGGAGGAGCCCAAAGGAGAUACAGGGGAUAAUGGUGUGGCUGAUGGUCUAAAACCAUCUGAACCAAGUAAGCAAGCAGAGCAGGGCCCUAAUGAUCUGACUCACAACACUAAACUGUGGCUUGGCAAAGACUACAACAACUUUAUCCAGAAAGACUGGGUCCAACUGGACAAACCGUUUGAAGAUAACAUCGACCGUACUCAAGUUCCUCGCAUGCCGUGGCGUGAUCUGUCUGCAGCUGUUCAUGGGAGGGCUGCCAGGGAUGUAGCCCGCCACUUCAUCCAGCGCUGGAACUUCACCAAGAUCUUCAAAAACAAGUACAAGGACGAGUUCUACCCUUACCUUCUUCCCAAGUCUCACUGUACCGCUGACUCGCUCUCAUUCACUGUGACUGAGUCCAAGAAGGCCAAAGUGCAG